CACUUCCGCUGGUGACCGGAAGUUGCGGGUCCUGCAAGUAUGGCGGCGUCGAAGGUGAAGCAGGACAUGCCCCCGCCAGGGGGCUACGGCCCCAUCGACUACAAGCGGAACCUGCCCCGCCGGGGACUGUCGGGGUACAGCAUGUUUGCUGUGGGCAUCGGGGCCUUGAUCUUUGGCUACUGGAGAAUGAUGAGGUGGAACCAGGAGCGCAGGCGCCUGCUGAUUGAGGACUUGGAGGCCAGGAUUGCCCUCAUGCCGCUCUUCCAGGCAGAGAAGGACCGGAGGACCCUGCAGAUUCUUCGGGAAAACCUGGAGGAGGAAGCCAUCAUCAUGAAAGAUGUGCCCAACUGGAAGGUGGGCGAGUCUAUGUUCCACACCACACGAUGGGUACCACCCCUCAUUGGCGAGCUGUAUGGGCUGCGCACCAAGGAGGAGAUGAGCAAUGCCAACUUCGGCUUCACCUGGUACACUUAGGGCCUGAGCCAGCCGUGGCACAUAAUAAAGAGUGGUCAAAUAAACUGUUGACUCUA